CUGUUUUCAGGCUCAUACUAUGCUUCUGCUGUUAAUACCUUAGCUCCAUCUCAAUCACUCAGAAAUGGCAGCACCUUAGUUUCUCCUGGUCAAAUAUUCGAGCUAGGCUUCUUUUCACCUGUUAACUCCAACAAAUAUUACUUGGGAAUAUGGUAUAAAAGGCUUCCUGAUACUGUUGUAUGGGUUGGUAAUAGAGAAAAUCCAGUUAUAGAUUCACACGCGUUUCUUAAUAUUUCCAGCACUGGUUAUCUUUUCAUCUUUGAUGGACAAAACACUAUGAUCUGGUCCGCUAAUUCGUCUAGAUCAGCAAACAAUCCGGUUGCUCAAUUGUUGGAUUCGGGUAAUUUGGUUGUUAAAGAUGAGGAUACCGAUGAAGGGACAGAAAGUUACUUGUGGGAAAGUUUUGAUUUUCCAACGGAUACUCAAUUGGCAGGGAUGAGGAUAGGAAGGAACUUGAAAACCGGCGUAAAUCGAUAUUUGAGGGCACGGAAGGGUGUUAAUGAUCCAUCACCUGGAGAUUUUACUUAUGGAAUUGAGCAUAAUGGCUUGCCUCAGUUUCUUCUUCGUGAGGGGAUGAAGAAGAGGUUUCGAGGUGGUCCAUGGAAUGGAAUUAGCUUUAGUGGUCUUCCAGCACAGGUAAGCCCUCUUAUUGUAUAUGUUUAUGUUGUUAAUACAGAGGAAGUUUACCGUUCGUAUGAAGUGGUGGACAAAUCUAUUAUCACGAGAUUUACGGUGAAUGAAUUGGGUUUGCUUGAACGCCUCGUGUUGUAUGAGAACUCCAGUGAAUGGACCACCAUGUUUACAGUGCAGAAUGAUAUGUGUGAUGAUUAUGCACGGUGCGGCCCUAAUGGAGUUUGUAAGAUUAAUCAGAGGCCAAUCUGUGAAUGCUUUGAAGGGUUCGUUCCGAGAUCGGAACGCGAGUGGCGAGUACUCAAUUGGACUGGUGGAUGUGUGAGGAGCACCCCAUUAGACUGCCGGAAGAGAGAGGGAUUCCUGCAAGUUGAGAAUGUGAAAUUGCCAGACCUGUUGGACUUCAAGUUAGACGAAAGGUUGAACCUCGAGGAUUGCCGGGCAGAGUGCUUGAAGAAUUGUUCGUGUACAGCAUAUGCUAGAUCGAAUUACAACGGAAGUGGAUGUUUAAUGUGGUUCGGAGAACUGACAGAUAUCCGAGAGUUCGUUGCAGAACAAUUCGAGCAAAAUAUCUAUGUCAGGUUGCCUGCUUCAGAAGUAGGGACAGAUGAUUCAAGUUGGAGAAGUAAAAGAAUAGUGAUUAUAAUGAUCACAUCAAUGGUCGGUGGGCUGCUUACUUUACUUUUGGCAUGCUGGUUCAUUGUUUGGAAGUAUAGGAGCAAAAAAAAAGAACUACAUUCGAACGAAGAAGAUCUGGAUUUGCCGUUAUUCGAUUUUGUUACGAUUGCAUCCGCAACCAAUAACUUUUCCGACUCGAAUAAAAUAGGAACAGGCGGUUUCGGACUUGUUUACAAGGGUGAACUAUUUGAGGGACAAGAAAUAGCAGUAAAGAGGCUCUCUAGCAAUUCCCGGCAAGGUGUUGAACAGUUCAAGAACGAAGUUGCAAUGAUAUCUAAGCUUCAACACAGAAAUCUUGUUAGGCUUUUGGGAUGUUGCAUUAAGAGAGAUGAAAGGGUGCUUAUCUACGAGUUUAUGCCUAACAGAAGCUUGAAUUACUUCAUUUUCGAUGAAACCAGAAGAAAUGUGUUGACAUGGCCGAAACGUUUCGAAAUCAUAAUGGGAAUUUCAAGAGGGCUUCUUUACCUCCACCAAGAUUCGAGAUUGAGAAUCAUUCACAGGGAUUUGAAAGCCAGUAAUGUGUUGCUGGACAAUGAGUUGAACCCCAAAAUUUCAGACUUUGGGAUAGCCAAAAUGUUUGAAGGUGAUCAAGUUGAAGCCAAAACUAAGAGAGUAGUUGGGACAUAUGGUUAUAUGUCGCCGGAGUACACAAUCGAUGGGAAAUUUUCGGUUAAAUCAGAUGUGUUUAGCUUGGGGGUGCUUCUGCUAGAGAUUGUGAGUGGGAAAAGGAACAGGGGCUUUAACCAUCCGGAUCAUUACCACAAUCUCUUGGGACAUGCAUGGCUGCUGUGGAACGAUAAGAAGACCAUGGAACUAAUGGAUCGUUGUUCAGAAGAUUCAUGUGUUGAAGAACAAGUGGUUAGGUGCAUUCAGGUAGGCCUGUUAUGUGUUCAGAAACACGUAGAGGACAGACCAACGAUGCCGUGCGUGGUUCGGAUGUUGGAUAACGAAGAAAUCGUGACGUCACUGCCUCGACCGAAGGAGCCUGGCUUCUAUGUAGAAAGAAGUUCCGGUGAUACAAAUGCUGUAGGUUUGCACACACAACCUUCAACUGAAUAUGCACUCACCUUGACUGAGGAAGAAGGUAGAUAA